UGGAACAUCCGGGUCCCCUGUUUAUUUGCAUGUGCCCGCGCCGCCACCACCAACCAUACCGCUUUAGGAAUGAAUGCAGACCCAGUUUGUAAGUUUUUUUGUUGAGAAAUGACUCGAGUCGACAACUGGAGCAAAUCUGUUGGGUCAAAAGAAUAACACCCACCAACUUUAUGUGGCGAAAAUUGAGCGCGUUUGAAUGUUAUAACAUCCCACCACAUUUCAUAAUCCGUGCCACAUUUUGACUGAAGAGUUGGUUCCUGCAAUACUUCAGGAAAAUGACAGCCAUCAACGCUCCACGGGACAAGUAUAAUGCAGUGUGGAUCAUUUUUUUCAUCCUUGGCUUGGGAACCCUCCUGCCAUGGAAUUUCUUCAUGACUGCAACCAUGUACUUCACCAACAGACUGAAGGACCCGGCCGUUGAGGGCUCAGCCAUUCUGACAGCCAACACUACAGUGGUGGAGGGAGACACGAGGAGCAUCCUAGAGUCCAAGUUCAACAACGUGAUGACCCUGUGCGCCAUGGUGCCCCUGCUCAUCUUCACCUGCCUCAACUCCUUCAUCCACCAGAGGAUUCCUCAGAAUUGGCGUAUCGCCGGCUGCCUGUCUGUGAUCCUGGUGGUGUUUCUGUUGACGGCGGUGCUGGUCAAAGUGGACAUGGGCCCUCUCCCUUUCUUCUCUCUCACCAUCAUCAAAAUCAUCUGCAUCAAUUCGUUUGGGGCAGUGCUGCAAGGCAGUCUGUUUGGCCUGGCUGCAAUGCUGCCGGCCUCCUACACCGCACCUAUCAUGAGUGGACAGGGUCUCGCUGGAACCUUCGCUGCCUUCUCCAUGAUCUGUGCCCUGGCCAGUGGCUCAGCCCUGCAGGAUAGUGCCUUUGGUUACUUCAUCACUGCGUGCGUGGUCAUCUUCCUGGCCAUCCUGUCCUACCUCGCUCUGCCCAGUAUGGAGUUUUUCCAGUACUACCUGGAAAGUAAUGGAUCCAAGCCAGCCGGCGGAGAUGAGGAGAACAAGAUGAACCUAUUGAAAAAAGCUAACAACAAAAGAGGAUGUGAGGAAUCAUACAGACUUUUGCGUUGUGUGACAGACAGCCCAGCAGAGAAGAGGCCAGUGGUCAGUCUGACAGAGGAGGAAGCCAAGCCCACGAUAUCUGUGUUUGCCAUCUUUAAACAGAUCUGGGUAAUGGCCCUCUCUGUGUGCUUCGUGUUCACCAUCACCAUCGGAACUUUUCCUGCAGUCACAGUUGAUGUCAGAUCCACCAUGGCCGAUGGAGGUGCCUGGGAUACAUACUUCAUCCCUGUGUCGUGUUUCCUGCUCUUCAACGUGAUGGACUGGGCAGGAAGGAGUCUGACGGCCGUGUGUAUGUGGCCCGGUAAGGACAGCGUCAUCCUGCCCGUCAUGGUGGGUCUCCGUGUGGUCUUUGUGCCUCUCUUUAUGCUGUGUAACGUCCAGCCCAGGAACAACCUGCCCGUGAUGUUCGCCCACGACGCCUGGUACAUCGUCUUCAUUAUCCUCUUCUCCUUCAGCAAUGGAUACCUGGCCAGCCUCUGCAUGUGCUUCGGACCAAAGAAAGUGGCACAACGCGAAGCGGAGACGGCCGGGACCAUCAUGGCAUUCUUCCUGUCUCUGGGUUUGGCUCUUGGAGCUGCCUUGUCCUUUGUUUUCAGAAUCAUUAUCUAGACCUGGAGUCCCCGCAACACCACCCCACCCCUCAGAACACUGUCUGCUCCUCUACCCGCCGUGCAGGACGAGGGGUGGAGGAGGAGGUGAACUUUGCUGUGUUGACUGUCACACGGCAGCAACACUACAACACUCAGAUGCAGCCAGCCUCAGAGCUUGAGUGUAUGUGCUUCCGCUCCUCCCACUGAAUUCUAAUACUCUCCAUUUUGAAAGAAUGCAAAGUUAAUCUAGUUCAGCUGCCUAUGUAACUACCCUCAUCUCGUGCUCUAGCUGCCAACAUGUCUCUCAUCCUGCAGGGAACAUGGUGGAAGACUGGAGAAGCGCUCUCAACUCAAGGGAGUAUUUCAGCUCUUAGGCCAAAAUGCCGCUAUGAGCCGUAAAUGGUGCAGGACGUAUUUCUAUGGAUUGUGAAAUGAUUGUGAAACUGUGCAGCUUCUAAUGUCUUAGUAUGUGUUAUCAUUGAGUUGUAUGGGCCUUCUAGUUUAGAAUAGGUUUUAAAUUUCAAUGAAGUUGUUUUAACAGCCUACGUCCGUGUUAAAUGCUCAUUAUGGUAGCGCUUUGCCCUUACAUGUAAAGGAAUUUUAAGCACAGCUACAACAAAUAUGCAGCUACUAAUUACAUGCGUUGUGCUAGUGAACGUGAACGUGAGGGGAGGAGAGUUUUUGUAAACUCACCCGUUCAUUUGUUCUGUCAGUUUGUGCCAUUUUUCGGGUUCAUCAUCAAAACCUUUUGUAUCAGAACUACAAUGAACAAAAAUACCGACACAACAUGCAAAAAUGUCAAAGAUUUUACUGAGUCAGGUCACAUAAGGAAAUCAGUCUAUUUUAAUUAAUUAGGCCCUAAUCUAUGGAUUUUCACAACUGGGAAUACAGAUGUGCAGAUAGCACCAUCGUAUAGAGUUGAUCAGUGGUAAAAUGUUGGGUUUUAUUUGUCUUAUAUACAGUGAGUGUCUAAGGCCUACUUAAAUUAUUAUUUGCAUAAAGUACUUCAACUAAU